AUGCCCGUCCACCCAUCCUGUAGAGGGUCAACCUUGGACAGUGACUUGCAUGACCGCCAUUUGAUUUACAACUAUGACGCGCAAGACAGCAACGGCAAUGCAGAGAAAUGGCGGGAGACUGCCACGUUGUUGGUAUUCUUCAAGGGCCAUUGGGAGGAUGCCAAGGAUGUCCACGGUGACAAGCGGAAUCCGGACGAUAUGAAGAGGUGGCGUGGGUUGGCGAAGAUUGGCAUUCAGACGGACCGACAUCUGUUGAAUGAGCAGGCCGAUGUCCUUGAGGACUUUCGGGGGCCUGGGAAUUUAGAGCCAGGUGAUAUGGCCUUGCCGACCCUUUGA